CCUUGAACGAACAUCUUUUGGUUGGACCUAAGACACAAUUAAACAUUAUGGACAUCAUUUUAAAAUGGAGAACUUUUAAGAUUACCUUGACAGCGGACAUUGAAAAAAUGUACCGGCAAAUUCAAAUGAGAGACCAAGACACGCUUUAUCAGCUAAUUUAUUGGAGAAGUGACAACCAGAGUCCUUUGAAGCUGUAUCGUUUAAAAACAGUAACUUUUGGAACCGCAUCUGCUCCUUACUUGGCAACACGUACUUUGAAUAAGCUCGCUGAUGAUGAAAGGCAAAAUUAUCCAUUAGCAGCUGAUAUGAUAAGACAAGACAUGUACGUUGAUGAUUUAGUAAGCGGAGCAGACUCAAUUUACGAAGCUCAACAGAAAAUGACCGAAAUCAACCAACUCUUAUUAUCAGCUGGCUUCCAUCUUCGGAAAUGGGCCAGUAAUUUUGAAGAAGCUCUUGUGAACAUCGCUCAUCAAGACCGUGCAGUUGAUUUCAUGCUACCCUUUGAGUCAGCAGAACACAUCAAGACUCUUGGAAUCAAAUGGGUUCCUUACAGUGACUCCUUUUCUUUUCAGUGGACCAUAUCCGAAUCAGUAGAAGUCACCAAACGAGAAGUUCUUUCAACUAUUGCCAAACUUUUCGAUCCCCUUGGAUGGAUUUCACCAUGUGUGAUUUUGGCAAAAAUCAUUAUGCAAAAGUUAUGGGUGAAGGGUUUGGCAUGGGAUGCAACUGUUCCGCCAGAACUGCAGCGAGAAUGGUUAUCUCUACAAACACAACUACCAGUACUUCAAGAUAUCAAAAUUCAACGUUGGAUAAAAACUGAAAAGAAUAAUUUAAAAGUAGAAUUACAUGGAUUCAGCGAUGCUUCAAUGAAGGCUUAUGGAGCUGUAGUUUAUUUACGGACCUUGGACAAAAAUAAUAAAAUUCACACCAACCUUGUUAUGUCGAAAACUAGAGUUGCACCACUCAAUACUAUAUCGCUUCCUCGACUUGAAUUAUGUGGUGCUGUGAUGUUAGCUCGACUUUUAAACUAUGUUCAAAAGGUCUUAAAAUUAAAUGAUGUCAAAACAUUUGCGUGGACGGAUUCUAUGAUAACCUUAUGUUGGAUUGCUGCACCGCCAUCAAAAUGGAAAACAUUUGUUAGUAACAGAGUUGCCGAAAUACAGAGAUUAACAAAUGUCAACAUCUGGAAUCAUGUUCCUACAAAACAGAACCCAGCAGAUUUUGCGUCCAGAGGAGUUUCACCAUUGGAACUUAAAGACAACUGUCUUUGGUGGCGAGGACCAGACUACCUUCAAUCCGAUUGGAAGUUUUCGAGCCCAAGUUCAACAUCAUCGUUUGAAACCGAAGAAGAAAUGCGUCCAGAAAAAAUCCACCUGCAUUGCGUCGUUGAAACUGAAAAUGAAGUACAAAAAUUAAUUAACAAAAUUUCAGAUUUUAAACAACUCGUACGAACCAUUGCUUACUGCCGGAGGAUUGCAUUCUUUUUUGUUAAAAAAUUAUCACAAGACCAGUUAAAAAGCCCAAUUUCAACAACCGACAUUAGAAAUGCAACCUUUAAUUGCAUUAGAGUAGUACAGAGACAGCACUUUUCAGAAGUAUUCAAGGAUUUGACAAAGCAUCCAACAUCAGGUAAACAUUUUGGAUCAUUAAAUCCCUUUAUUGACAGUCAUGGAAUACUACGAGUAGGAGGACGUUUACAAAAUUCAAAUUUACAAUACGAACAGAAACAUCCAAUUAUUUUAAAAUCUAGCAAUGUCUUCACAGAACUUUUGAUUAGGGAGGCGCAUGAAAACACUUUCCAUGGUGGAAUACAGCAAACGAUCGCAUAUAUAAGGACAAAAUAUUGGAUUUUCAACCUAAAAACUAGUGUUAAAAAAUAUAUUCACCACUGUACUAUCUGUUUUCGUUUUGGAGCGAAACCGUUACAGCAAUUAAUGGGAAAUCUUCCAGCUCCCCGAGUAAGAAUCUCGCGACCAUUUACCCACACCGGGGUAGACUAUGCUGGACCGAUAGAUGUCAAAUCUUGGAAAGGCCGUGGAGGAAAAACGUUCAAAGGAUAUUUCUCCAUAUUUGUAUGUUUAGCAACCAAGGCAAUACACCUUGAAGCUGUCACCGAUAUGACAACUCAAACUUUUUUGGCAGCCUUUCGAAGAUUUACAGCACGUCGAGGUAUUUGCACAGAAAUCUACAGUGACUGUGGAAAAAACUUCGUAGGAGCGAAUUCCGAACUUCAAAAAAUGCUGAAGGCCGCAAAUUUCGACUGGAAGCAAGUCCAAUUAGCAACAACCAACAUCGGAACAAAGUGGAAUUUUAUUCCUCCCGCUUCCCCGCACUUUGGAGGUCUAUGGGAAGCAGGAGUGAAAUCCGUUAAAUUUCACUUAAAGCGGAUCGUUAGAAACGAGACCCUUACAUUUGAGGAACUCAGCACACUUCUAACUCAAAUAGAAGCAUGUUUAAAUUCGAGGCCUCUAUGUCCUUUAUCCGACAACUUUGAAGACUUCGCCAUUUUAACACCAGCACACUUUCUAAUUGGAACAUCAAGUUUUCUUGUACCAGAAGCAGAUAUAAACGACGAAAAAAUUACUCAUCUAAAUAGAUGGAAUAAAAUGCAAGCAGCCGUCAACUCAUUCUGGAAGCAGUGGAGCGGAGAGUACUUAUCUCGAAUGCAACGUCGACCAAAAUGGUUACACCAACAGCCACAACCUCAAGUUGGAGAUUUAGUAUUGCUAAAAGAUGAACGCCUGCCACCAUCGCAAUGGGCUCUUGCACGUAUUACCUCACUAGUACAAGGAGCUGAUAAGCUUACUCGUGUCGUAACUAUAAAAACAAAAUCAGACGAAGAUGGAGUUGAGAACUAUGUUCACGCCGGGGAGGAAUGUUGAGCUAAGAAACAGAACGCCACCCACCAACUAGUCUUCAAUUUGAUUGUUUUUAUAAAGUUAUAUAAUUGUAAAUGUCAAAUUCAAAUUCUGCUUAUCAUGUUUCAUUUUUAUUGUUGUACCAUUAUGCCUAUUUUGUGACAAUAAUGUCAAGAAAAUAAAUCAUUCUUCUUUAUAACGUUGGAACGAAAA